AACAGAGAUGAGUAGGGAGAUUGCCAAUGAGCCGAUUUUCAACGUCAACGUCUUACAUCUUACGUCUUCUCCAUUUCGUUUCGUGAUUGAAAAAUAAGUCGACGGUGCUGCUGCACUUUUACUGAAAAAAAAGAAAUCAAGAUGGAGACGGCCAACAAUAAAGCUGACGCUCAGCUUAACGCAGAGAAAAAAUCGUACGCCGGUAUUCCAGAGGCUGAUUUUGUGGAUGAUGUUGAUGCUUUCAUGGCCACCCCAGAGAAUGAGGGUUCUGUCGAUAAAGUUCUCAAAAAGCUUGACGAGAAUCACAGCAAAUAUAAAUUCAUGGAAUACAAUUUGGUCAAUAAGAGGAGAAGGCUGAAGGCUCAAAUCCCAGACUUGGAAAGGUCUCUAGAAAUGAUAGAAAAGCUACAAACAGAAAAGAACAAUAGCCAUGACUUGGAAACUCAGUUCCUUCUAUCGGAGCAAGUCUUUGCGAAAGCUAUUGUACCACCCACAGAUAAAGUAUGUCUCUGGCUAGGUGCUAAUGUGAUGCUAGAGUACACUCUAGACGAUGCGCAGGAAUUGCUUGUGAAAAAUAUUGAAGCAGCAAAAAGAAAUUUGGGCUACGUUGAACACGACUUAGAUUUUGUCAGAGAUCAAUUCACGACGACUGAGGUGAACAUGGCGCGUGUAUACAAUUGGGAUGUUAAACGUAGACAAGCUGCAAAAUCAUCAUGAAAUUCAUUAAAAUAAUGACGUAAUUCGAUCAGAGAACUCCUAACCAUAGUUUUUCGAAUCGACGAAGUGAAAAAAUCUACGUGGAGACCGAAACAAGUGCAACUACAUGUUUUUCAAGUAAUGUCAUGGUUAAAGGAACAAUUGGAUACAAGAAGAAAUAUAUCCGCAUUUUUUAGUUUAAUGUUUGGCAGAGUAAUUACACAGUUGUGAAUUAAAAGCAUUUGAUUGAAAUUUUAGUUAUUAAACUCCAUAAUCUAU